GGUUGCCUGGGAGAUGACCCCUUUGGGUCUCUUUUGAGUCUCCGCUGUCGCGUCACCUCGAAGACAGAUCUAACAGAUUCUGAACGGUCUCCCACGAUGAUUCCUGGGAAAUAUCGCUCUGUUUCUGGCCGGGCUGCGAACAACGUGAAUUGUGGGCUUCAUCUGGUUAUUCAGACAUCAUCGCUUCCUGAAAAAAAUAAAGUUGAAUUCAGGCUAAAUAAAGAAACGUCAACAUUUCCUGGCCGACUCUUACAACAUGACCUUGAAAGAAACUAUUCAAGUAGGCAAGGUGAUCAUAUUAGUUUGGUGAGCUCAUCAAUGUCAUCGUUUCCUAUUCUCCAACGUUCUUCUGAAGAGAAAAGCCUGUACUCAGACAGGUUGACCCUAGAAAGGCAAAAGCUAACAGUAUGUCCAAUCAUCGAUGGGGAAGAGCAUCUUCGUUUGUUGAACUUUCAACACAAUUUCAUCACUCGGAUCCAGAAUAUUUCUAAUCUGCAGAGCCUAAUCUUCUUGGAUUUAUAUGAUAAUCAGAUUGAAGAAAUUAGUGGACUUUCCACUCUGAGAUGCCUCCGUGUCCUUCUGUUGGGGAAGAACAGAAUUAGAAAAAUAUCAAAUCUGGAGAAUCUAAAAAGCUUGGACGUCUUGGAUCUCCAUGGAAAUCAGAUCACCCAAAUCGAGAAUGUCAGUCAUUUGUGUGAUUUGAGAGUUUUAAACCUUGCCAGGAACCUUUUAAGUCAUGUUGAUAAUCUGAAUGGACUGGAUUCACUAACUGAACUUAACCUGCGACACAAUCAAAUCACUUUUGUGAGAGAUGUGGAUAAUCUGCCCUGCCUCCAACGUCUCUUUCUCAGCUUCAACAGUAUCUCUAGUUUUGAAAAUGUCUCCUGCCUUGCUGAGUCGACUUCCCUCUCAGACAUCACUUUUGAUGGCAACCCAAUAGCUCAAGAGUCAUGGUACAAACACACCAUCCUUCAGAAUAUGAUGCAGCUGCGCCAGCUGGAUAUGAAGCGGAUCACGGAGGAAGAAAGGCGCAUGGCCUGUGCUGUAGCCAAAAAGGAGGAAGAGAAGAAGCGGGAGAACCAUAAGCAAUCCUUGCUUAAGGAGAAGAAACGGUUAACCAUUAACAACGUAGCUCGAAAGUGGGACUUGCAACAAAAUCGAGUAACAAACAGCCCUACAGGUCAAGACCGAAAAGGUUUUGACUCCCCUACCCAGGAGCCCUGUCAGGUGAAUGGGAGCCCCAGCUCAGCCUUGCCAGAGGAAACAGGGACCAUUCGCCGUUCAGGUUCUGCCAGGAUUGGCAACUACAGCGAGCACAGUGAAAUUGUCCAAGUGCUUCCCAAAUUGAAGAUUAAGUUUCCUAAUUCUCUGCACCUUAAAUUCAAGGAGACAAAUCUUGUCAUGCUGCAGCAGUUUAAUGCACUAGCGCAACUCCGUCGCAUCGGCCAGUUGACAAUCGAUCCUCAAGGAAAUCCAGUUGUCAAUUUCACACUCUGGAAAUACUAUGUACUAUUUAGGUUGAGCCAUUUUAGUAUGCAGAAAAUAAAUGGAACAGAGGUGACGCAGAAUGAUAUGAUAAUGGCCGAGAGGCUCUUUGGAAUCCUAGCUCACGUGGCAUCUUCUGAAUUACCCCGGUACCGCACGAUUUCAAUUCUGGGUGAUGCCAGGAAGAAGCAAUUCCGGUAUCUCCUAGAAACCAAAGGGAAAAAGCCAGGCAUUGUCAGUGAGGAAAAUAACGACAGUAAGAGACCUACAGGAGAAAACACAAAUCGUGCUACACUGAAUUAUACCACAAGAGAAUUUUACAAUGAAAAGCUGGAGGAAAUAAAGGAAAAAAAGAAAUUCUGCAAGAUGUACAUCGACGACCUGGUGAAGGAAGCCAUGGAAAUCAACAUGAAACACGAGGCCCUGCAGAAGCUGUGGCCGCAGAUGUUCAUUGAGCUCGUUCGGGACGCCGUGAUGGAGAUCCGCAACAAAAACGCCUACAUGAAGCUCUGCCUCCAACAGCUCACCGACCACAAAUAGAACCGGCCUCGCAGGCCCAGCGGACCCUAGCAGGUUUAUUUUCUUUCCUCCGAGGGUUGACAAUAUGUAGAGUAAGCACGCAAAAGCAAGGCCACCACCACCCUCCUGCACUCUGGACGGACAGCAUCAGGACGCACCGCCUGCGGUGCCUGCCACUCCGUGCCGGGGGGGGGAAUGGCAGGCAGGCUGGCUGGCUGGCCCCAUCUCGGUGGCGAAAGAAGGGCCUGCCCGGCCUCCAGGGGCAGGUGGCGUAGAGAGGAGUGGGUCUCCUGAGUUGGCUGCUUGCGCUCACGGGUCCCCCGCACCAGCACGCAGCACGCAGCCUCUGCAUGAGUGGCUCCUACCUACCUUCAGCUGAUAAUUGCAGAUAUUUGCUUUUUACAUUUUCUGUCAUGAUUUCAAAGCCAAAAAUAGGUUCUUUUUUAUGAGUAAAGAGUAAACUUAUUAAUAAAUUAGUAUUUGACAACAA